AAAAAUCAAAAUAUUGACGUUUUACGACAACCUGAAAAAAAAGCAAAAUAAAAGUGAUUCAGGAACCAAAUGAUGCUGACUAAAAUAGUUUUUAACAUUUAACAGCAGAAAAAAUGCCUCUUUCUAAGAUCAAAGAAGAAUAUCCGAUUCAUUUGAGUGUGUGGAAUAAUGAUUUUGAACAACUGGAUUCCGAAAUUUCUGCUGGAAAGUUUGACUUAGAGAAGACAGACCCACGUGGACGCACCCCGCUCCACCUUGCUGUGACAUUAGGCCACUUGGAGAGUGCCAGGGUAUUACUUCGACAUGGAGCAAAUGCAAAUUCUGAGAACAAGGGUUAUUGGUCAGUAUUGCAUGAAGCCACUUCUACCGGAGACCCAGAGUUGGUACAGCUGGUCCUGAAACAUCGAGAUCAUCAGCGGUACACAAAACGUACCGUUGGUGUACCAGAACUUCUCCAGAAAUUAAAAGAGUCUCCUGAUUUUUAUGUGGAAAUGAAAUGGGAGUUCUCAAGCUGGGUUCCUCUUGUGUCAAGAAUGUGCCCAAGUGAUACAUACAGAGUUUACAAAUCUGGUUCCAAUGUACGUAUAGAUACAACUCUUCUGGGAUUUGACAAUACCAGCUGGCAGAGGGGAAGUCGUAGCUAUGUCUUUAAAGGUUCAGGGUCAACAGCCACUAUGAUGGAAAUAGAUCAUGACCAACGUGAAGUAUUCUCUGAGACCAUGCAGCUACAGGUGAACCCACCAGACAUUGAGUCAAUGCAUCCGCCCGCAGAGGCUAUUGCUGCAAGGCUUACAAAUCCUGUUGUUACAACAUAUCUUGAUACAGAGAAAAUUUCCUUUGAAAGGAACAAGUCUGGUAUAUGGGGCUGGAGAAGUGAUAGAACUGAGACUGUAAAUGGCAGAGAAGCAAAGGUUUUUAGUGCAUCAAAUGUAGAACUAGUCACAAAAACUCGCAUGGAGCAUUUAACUGAACAGGACAAGGAAAAAUGUAAAAAGAACAAUAAAACACCAAUAGAAUCAUUCCUAGGGGUUGCUGAGGAACAUAGUAAAACACAUGGGGCUUCAAAUGGGGAUCUCACAACCUUGUCAAACAAUCCAUGUUCCAUAACUCCGGAGGAAUACUUCAAUAAAUUGAUAGAUCUUGGAGAACGCGACAUAGGACGGCCCUGUGAUCGGACCACAAAAACUCAGAAAUUUAAAGCCACAUUGUGGCUGUGUGAAACAUAUCCCCUUUCCUUACAGGAACAAGUAGUGCCUAUAAUAGACUUAAUGGCCGCUAGUAAUGCACAUUUUAAAAAGUUGAAGGAUUUUAUUACCUUACAGCUGCCCGCUGGAUUUCCAAUCAAAAUAGAAAUUCCAUUAUUCCAUGUAUUGACAGCAAAGAUCACAUUUGGUAAUAUUUUUGCCCGAGACUCACCAGUGGAGGGUGUGUCCACACUGGAGGAUGCUGGGUAUACUAGUUGUACUGUAGAUGAUUAUUGCUUUGAACCGCCUCCAGGCUACUUAAGGUUAGGUGAUGCCCAUCAUGAAAGAUUGAGAGAUGAAGAUGAUGAAUUACUACAGUUUGCCAUACAACAGAGUCUCAUGGAAGGUGGGGCAGAAGAUGAACAGCUGACUUUCUAUGAAGCCUUACAAAGAUCUCGACCUAGACAGGCGAGAGCCCAGCAAGAGGAGAGGAUGUUACAACAGGCCAUAGCAGAAAGUAUUGCCUUACAGUCGGGUAAACCGCUGGUGCCAGAACAUAUACCAGAAUACACCGAACGAGAGGAAAAAAAUGACGUAGGAUCCAGUGAUAUUGACGAACAAUUACGCCUCGCUCUCGAAAUGUCGCAACGAGAAAACCAGGAAUCGGAACGACUCCGAAGACAAGAAGAGGAAGAAUUGGAAAGAAUUCUACAAUUAUCGUUGCAAGACAAAUAAUUUCUGUUAUUAAGCUGUAUAUCAUAAUACUAGGCGUUAAAUCAUAAACUGAAUGUUUUGAGAGAAUUUCUGAAGUUUGUGUUGAUGGAGAAAUUUUCCGACAGCUAGAAUUAUAAACAGUAACCAUAAUUAAAUGUAUUUGUCAUCAACCAUUUUAUUUCCAGACUUUCAAUGUGGCUUAUGAAAUUAACACGCUGGCAGUUUUUUUGCACAUUUAAAUUUGCUGAUAGAGGUCGUAAUUUUGAGAUUUUCGAAAUUUUACAUGACUUCUUUUAUGUGAAGAGCUUGCAAUUCUCAUGUAGUUGGAACUGGUUUUAUAUCCAGGUGAGUUUGACCCAAAUAUUAGGAUAUUUGGAAAUUUGGAGAAAUUUUUAUAUGAUGAAAUCAAAAUUGUUGAAUAUAUUGUAUUCUGUCUCUGAUUCACUGUGUAUACAAAUUAUUUGUUACAUACCUAUGUAAGCGCAGUACAUGUAUCCUCUCUCCUUUACUGUGUAAACAGAAUUGGUGACAGAAGUAUUUAAGCAAAGUGCUAGCUGUAUACAGAACAAUUAUUAUAUUUCAGCAGUGAAGAAUAUGAACCAAAAAUAUUGUAACUGGGAAAAAGUGUUUUUACAAGACUUUUUUGAUAAAAAAAGAGAAAAAAAAGGCCUGCAUUGCUAAGCUGCUUGUAGAUGGAAGGUUAGCAGUCAAAACAUUUAAUCGCUUAUUUUGUUAAAAAGUUCUGUUUUCAUAAAAAUGUCUACUUUUAGAGAAGACAUUGCUCAGAAGUUCGCACCAAAGAAAAAAAGAUCAUGAAAAGUAUAUAAUAUUGCUUUAAGUGGUUGCCAUUGUUUCUGUUAUAUUUAUAUAUAGCACCGUGAAUUAAAAUGUCCAGUUUCUUUUGCCUCAGGCUGACUGUAAUGUUUUUGAUGUCCAUUAGGACAUGAAAAAUAGAAAAUGAAAUUCAAAUAGCGGUAUAGGGACAAAAUCCUGAUCUUAAUGUUGCCAAGAGUGACACACCCCAUCAUAUAUUGAAUUUAAAUAAGACGAAUUAUUAAGUAAAUAUUGAUUUCAUGUAAGCUUAUAGCAAAUUUGGAAGGUUAAAGGGGAUGUCUAUUGCCCAAUGGCUCGCUAUUGAGUGCCCAUUACUUGCAUUAAUUUAGGGGAAUUUCAGAGUUGCAAUUUUUAAGAGAACUUCAGGCGGAAUUUGUAAAAAGAAGCAGUUUUUUAGCUCACCUGAGCAAUGCUCAGGUGAGUUUUUCUGAUCACUCGAUGUCUGGCGUCUGUCUGUCGUCUGUCUGUCUGUCCGUCAACAUUUAGCUUGUGUAUGCGAUAGAGGCUGUAUUUUUCAACUGAUCUUCAUGAAAUUUGGUCAGAAUGAUUACCUUAACGAAAUCUAGGCCGAGUUCGAAAAUGGGUCAUCUGGGGUCAAAAACUAGGUCACUAGGUCAAAUCAAAGAAAAACUUUGUGUAUGCGAUAGAGGCUGUAUUUUUCAAUUAAUCUUCAUGAAUUUUGGUCAGAAUGAUAACCUUGAUGAAAUCUACGCCAAGUUCGAAAAUGGGUCAUCUGGGGUCAAAAACUAGGUCACUAGGUCAAAUCAAAGAAAAACCUUGUGUAUGCAAUAGAGGCUAUAUUUUUCAAAUGAUCUUCAUGAAAUUCAGUCAGAAUGAUUGCCUUGAUAAAAUCUUGGUCAAGUUUGAAUAUGGGUCAUCUCAGGUGAAAAAUUAGGUCACUAGGUCAAAUCAAAGAAAAGCCUUGUGUAUGCGAUAGAGGCUGUAUUUUUCAAUUGAUCUUUAUGAAAUUUGGUCAGAAUUUUUGCCUUGAUAAAAUCUAGGUUUAGUUUGGUUAUUGGUCAUCUGUGGUCAAAAACUAGGUCACUAGGUCAAAUCAAAGAAAAACCUUGUGUAUGCAAUAGAGGCUGUAUUUUCCAAUUGAUCUUCAUGAAAUUUGGUCAGAAUGAUUGCCUUGAUGAAAUCUAGGUCAAGUUUGAAUAUGGGUCAUCUGGGGUCAAAAACUAGGUCACUAGGUCAAAUCAAAGGAAAACCUUGUGUAUGUGAUAGAGGCUGUAUUUUUCAAUUGAUCUUCAUGAAAUUUGGUCAGAAUGAUUGCCUUGAUAAAAUCUAGGUCAAGUUAGAAUAUGGGUCGUCUGGGGUUAAAAACUAGGUCACUAGGUCAAAUAAAAAAAAAUACUUGUGUUUGCUCCAAUUUUGAUGAUACUUAGUCAGAAUAUUUUUUUCCAUGCAAUCACUAGGUC